AACCGGGCACGGACUAGAUAAGUUACAACUACCUAUAAGUUUAAAGUUAUAAGUUUUAACAGUUGUAGUAAUAGUACUAUUUUUAAAAUAAUGUAAUAAUUUAGUAUUCAACUGACAACUAUGUGUAUAUAGUUAAUUGUGUGGUACUUUGGUGUACUAUUGUGUCAUAGUAUAUAGUGUCAGUACUCUAUUUUUCUACAAAACGUAAGACUUGAUAUGUAACUCACUUAAUAAUAUAAUAUAAUCUGGCCUAUGUAGUUAAUAUUUUUAACAAAUCGACCAAAUAUUGUGCUUAAAAAAUUUCUGGUUUGUUUAAUCAAAUAAUAUGCUGUUGAACUGUACAGUUGAGAACUGUGAAAACAAAUUAGUAAAAAGAAAUGGAAUUAAUGGAGUUAUAUUUCAUCGAUUUCCUUGGCAUGAUCUAGAAUUACUUGAUAAAUGGUUAAAAGCAUUAAAAAUCAAAAAAUGUAAUACUAGUCAUUAUAUGACUGUUUGCAGUGAACAUUUUACAGAAAAUGAUUAUAAAAGGACACCAUCUGGAGUUAAAUUAACAGAUUUGUUACACGGUGCAGUUCCUACAAUUUUUACAGAUAAUUCAAAACCUCAAACAAGUUUUUUUACAUAUAGGGAAAAUAAUGAUCCAGUUUGCUUUGUUCCUAACUGUAGAACACCAACAGGACUACCACUUUAUAAUUUUCCAUUUGGUGAUAAACGUUUAUUACAUAUAUGGUCUAAAAGAACCGGAUUAAGUACAAUGUAUGACACAGACUUAUAUUUAAAUAUAACUAUAUGUAAAAGCCAUUUUCAUGAUAAUUGUUUCCAUGAAAAUUCUAUGCAGUUAAAACCCUAUGCAAUUCCAUCUAUCGAUUUAAUUGAUUACUCAGGACCUCCAGAUAAUUGUUGUCUAAUCACUUCUUUAUAUUCUGAAGAAAACUCAGUAAUGACUAAUACUGGAGAUCGUACAUGGGGAUGGUUGGGCAGUACUGAAGCUUUUGGAAGACUUCCUGAACCAAACGAGUUUAUAGUCAUCCCUAAAUCACAAAUACACUGUGAAAAGUAUGCAAGCUCAACUCAGGCUGCUCAUUGUUUAAUAUAUGCAGAAUCCAAUGAAAAAGUAUUUGGUAUUUAUAAUCCUCGCGCUUCAAUUCUUAUGCAAUUAAGAUAUGAUGGAUAUUUUGGGUUUCCCGGUGGAUUAAUUGAUUCUGGCGAAGAUUUUGUUACCGCUGUUAAUAGAGAAAUGGCAGAAGAAAUGAAUUUGGAUACCACUAUACACUCAGUCAGUCAUGAUGAUCAUGUAAUAUCUCAUUGGAGCGAGAAAAAAAAUCUAGCUUUACACUUUUACAAAUUAAAAGUUAAAAUGACUGAAUUGAUUGAAAUCGAGAAACGUGCUUUGCUCGCACAAGAUUAUGGGAGUGAAGUGCUUGGUACAAUUAGGAUUCCUCUAUAUACAUUGGGUGACCAUUACCGAGGAUUUCCAGUGUUUUUGAAGCAUAACUUCAUUGGUUGUUCAAAGGAACAGCUUAUAGCUGCACUUUCAUCGUUGAAUAUUUUGACUCCUGAAGAAAUCCAACUUGCUUUAAAUGCACAUAGCAAAAAUGUAUAAUUAUUGUUUGUGUGUUAUAUAAUAUAUUUAGCAUUUAUUA